AUGGUUCGUUUCGUUCACGAGACAGUCUCCGCUCAGGAGCUCGACCGCUCCUCUACCUACCCCCAAGUACUGGCGCUCGGGCUCCCACGGUGCGCGACGUCCUCGCUUCAAGCUGCCCUUGAGACCCUGGGCUUUGUUCCGUGUAUGCACAUGGCGCAUGUGCAACCCAGCGCCGAGCGGCAGCGCCUCGUCACAGCCGCCGUCCUGGAAAAGGACACACCCAAGCGGCGCAAGAUCCUCCGCCAGCUCUUCGCAGGCUUCGCAGCCACGGCUGACUUCCCGUCCAUAAUCUUCGCUGACGACCUCAUGGAUAUGUACCCUGACGCGCCUGUCAUACUCAACGUGCGCUCCGGCGGCGCUUCGUCGUGGCACACCAGCUUCUCGGAAGGGCUGCGCUUCUUCGACUCUUGGCUCUUCUGGGUCGCGACCUUCCUCGUCAAGUCGGACCGGGCUAUGAUGAGGAUGAUGAAGGCUACCGAUGACCUGUACAUGGAGAGAUGGGGGAUGACGUUCCGGGAUCGGCCAAUAUAUGACAAACACAACGAGUGGGUGAGAAAUGAGGCGAGCAAGAGGGGCAGGAAGGUGUUGGAAUUCCAGGCGGAAGAUGGUUGGGAGCCCAUCUGUCAGUUACUGGGAAAGAAGACGCCACCGACAGCAUACCCGAGGAUCAAUGACCAGAAGACCAUGAAAAUGGUCAAGCGAUUCAUUAUAUGCAGAGGCCUAUUCCACUGGGCUGGGUUGUUCCUCAUCCUCUGGGUGGUGAUGCAGGUUGGAGUGAUGCUUCCACAAUCUGGAGUUUCGUUUGUAAAGGCAGAAAGGGUCUAG